AUGAUUUCGAUUCAAACGCCUAAAUGCGGUUUUAUUCACGUUUAUGUGCAAGGCAAUCUGGAUGAUCGGAAUGGUAAAACCACGUUUCUUACAGUGCAUGAUGUCGGCACUAACUAUAAGACGUUCGUAAGAUUUUGCAAUCACCCAUCAAUGGCUGAUGUUAAGGCAAAAUCAAUUUUUUUGCACGUAUGCAUUCCCGGACAGGAAGAUAAUGCACCAGAUUUUGUGGGAGAAUUUCCAACGUUGGCACAACUUGGUGAAGAUUUGGUUUGCGUGCUGGAUAAACUCGAUAUCAAAACGUGCGUCGCUUUCGGAGAGGGCGCUGGAGCGAAUAUUGUCUGUCGAUUUGCGAUGUCGUCACCGAAUCGUAUUAUGGGGAUUUGUCUCGUUCACUGUACAUCAACCACUGCUGGAAUUCUUGAGUACUGUAAAGACAAGCUGAUCAAUAUGCGUCUAGAAUCAGGUGUGAUGUCACAAGGGGCAUGGGACUAUCUCGCGAUGCACAAGUUUGGUUCGAGUGACAAAAAGGAAAAGCAAGCUUAUAUAGAAGAGUUGAAAAGCUGUCUGAAUCCGAAAAACCUCAGCAAAUAUUUAUUCAGCUUCUGCAAAAGAAGUGAUUUAUCGGCUAUCAUUGGAACUAAACUCGAUAACAUUGAUGCACUCUUGGUGACCGGUGCAAGAGCAUCGCAUUUGCAUACGGUAUACAGAACGCAUAAAUCGCUAAAUAAAAAGAAGACGACACUACUUGUAGUUGAUAACGUUAGCGACGUUAUGGCUGAGGCACCUGAGAAAUUGGCGCGGUCACUGAUUCUUUGGUGCAAAGGAUGCGGGGUGCUGUCUGGUGUGCCCGUUCCUGGUAUGGAGCGUCAACGCACGCUGAGCAGCUCUAUGGAGGAAGCAGAUCGCCCUCGUCGCCUAUCGGUGACGCAGCCUACGCCUCCAGUAUUGCAGUGA